CUGUGUCCCCGGUCUGGCACGUUCCUGGUCAAAUUCUUCACGGUUUAAAAUUGGAUCCCCCGUUUUACAAAAUCCUAAAAAUAUUAAUCCCCUCUUAAAUCUACUGCAACUGCCUCUACGCUUUUUUUUUUUUUUUUUUUUUUUGCAUAACACAAACACACACCUAAAUCUCAACCAGAUCCCCUAGAAGAUGGCGGUGGUAAGCGGGAUGUCGGGGUCGGCAGUAGCCCGGCUGGAGGGCCGAGAAUUCGAGUAUCUGAUGAAGAAAAGGUCGGUGACCAUCGGCCGGAACUCCUCGCAGGGCUCGGUGGACGUCAGCAUGGGACACUCCAGCUUCAUCUCCCGGCGGCACCUCGAAAUUUUCACCGCGGGAGAAGACGGCACGGGCAGCGGGGAAUUCUAUCUCCGAUGCCUCGGGAAAAACGGGGUGUUUGUAGAUGGGGUGUUCCAGAGACGAGGGGCUCCACCUCUCCAGCUUCCACGAAUGUGCUGUUUUCGGUUCCCCAGCACAAGUAUAAAGAUCACGUUUACAGCCCUGUCCAUUGACAAGAAAGAGCGAAGGAACGUGCCGGAAUCGCCAGUCAAGCCCGUCCAGCCUCAGAUUUCGCCGCUGACCAUUAACAUUCCUGACAACAUUGCCCAUCUCAUGAGCCCCCUGCCUUCACCUACCGGCACCAUCAGUGCAGCUAACUCCUGUCCAUCAAGUCCACGCGGGGCGGGACUGUCCAGCUACAGGAUGGGCCGCGGGUUGACCUCUGACCUUAUAGGGGACAACUCUCAAUCAGAAAACGACAAAGAGGCCUCAGGUGAAGACAGCCCAAAGGAUGACUCAAAACCACCGUAUUCAUAUGCACAACUCAUAGUCCAAGCUAUCACCAUGGCCCCAGAUAAACAGCUAACACUGAACGGAAUAUACACUCACAUCACCAAGAACUACCCCUACUACAGGACAGCAGAUAAAGGCUGGCAGAACUCAAUCCGCCACAACCUGUCCCUGAACCGGUACUUCAUCAAAGUGGCCCGGUCCCAGGAGGAGCCGGGAAAAGGCUCAUUCUGGAGGAUUGACCCGUCCUCCGAGAGCAAGCUGAUAGAGCAGGCUUUCAGGAAACGCAGGCCGAGGGGGGUGCCCUGCUUCAGGACCCCCCUGGGACCUCUCUCCUCCAGGAGUGCUCCAGCCUCUCCCAACCACACAGGGGCACUGUCUGCCCACUCCAGUGGGGUUCAGACCCCAGAUAGCCUGUCCAGAGAGGGGUCCCCAGUCCCCAUGGAGCCAGAGCCAACCCCACCGCCAGCCCCCACCCCAACCACUACAGUCCAGCCCAAACUCGCUGUCAUCCAAGAGGCCCGCUUGGCACAGAAUUCUCCUGGUUCUCCAUUGAACAACCAGCCAGUGCUGAUUGCUGUGCAGCGCCAGAUGUCCCAGACGACCAUGAAGCCUGUGACCUACGCCAUGGCGACGCCGGCCAUGGUGACAACCGCAGUCAGCUCCGCCCCCGUCAUGCAGACGGUGCACGUCUUGCACCAGAUCCCGGCGGUCACUAUGGCGACCGUCGCCGGACAGGCUGUCGCCACAGUUAGCACAGAACCUCAGGAGAAUGGAGGCGGAGACCACCAGGAGAUCAAAGUGAAAGUGGAGCAGGUCCCAGCCAUCACAGCCUCCUCUAUAGGCGGAGCUAGUCGCAUCAUCCAGACCUCUCAGGCUGCUCCCCUUACAACGGUUACCAUCGUGCAGCAAGCUCCACUUGGCCAGCACCAGCUUCCAAUAAAGACCAUCACACAAAAUGGGACUCAUCUGGUCCCCAUCAGUACUGCUGCUAGCACAGCUGUUGCGAACCCUCUCCACCUGCUGGCGACCCACGCAUCGGCCUCCGCGUCCCUCCCCACCAAGAGGCCGAACGGAGACCAGCAAGACCAGCCUGAAUCUAAAAGGGUGAAAACAGAGGAGGAGGAGGGCGAAGCUGCGGCCGCCAACACCACCACCACCGCCACCGCCAACAACAACACCCCCACCCCCACCCCAACCACGGACAGAGCCGGAGAAGCAGGGGUCAGUGAACAGGUCAGCGACAACUAACGCCCCGGUCUGGAUACUGACCCCUGCUCUCCUACACUCAUCGAGCCUAACCAACCCACUUUCACACCUUCUACACCAUCGGGUCUCUACCUGCCCUCCACCCCUACCUGGUUCUCAUCUACUCCAAGGUGCCAAAAGGAGAAGAGAUAUGGAAACAACCCAUGGACUACAGAAUGUGAGACGACCCCGCCCGCCCUCACCCCCGGGUAUAAAAUACGAUGCAAAAACUAAAGACCAAAACGGAAAGCAAAAACGAAUCAAAGAAGAGAAGUCGCUGAUGACCAUGACCCCUGACUUUAGAGACUCAAGACUGCGAGGAAAAACAAAACCGAGAAGAAGCACAGGAAGUCUUCAACAGCAGAUUCAAAAUUUAAAAAAAAGAAAAGAAAGAAAGGAAAAAAAAAAAGAAAAAAGAGAGAGACGAGACUAAAAAUUCUGGUUUCCCGAUCAGAAAGGACUUAGACGUUAGCCGUGUAGCCAAGCUUAACAUUCUCUGUGCCGGCCCGGUGCACGCCGCCGGGACAGCGGAGAGGAGCCACUGCUGAUUGGACAGCUCUGAACACGCUCCCCAAAGAAGGGAAGGAGCAGACAGCAUUAUCCUGGUAGCAUUACAGAGAAGCGCUUAAUGUUUGUUGGGUAGAAAAAGAAGAAAACAAGUGAAAUCAAACAGUAGUGUAUUCCGCAAAGGGAAGUGUGUGUACGUGUGGACAUUCCCAUCUUCGGCAGCUAGCCUCCAUGUUGACCUACCUAAUACAGUCGUGAGUAGAUAUGCAGUAUUCCGUUGUACAUGUGUAUCUUUGGAUCUUUUUGAGUGUUUCUCCGUUUCCCAAGGCACAGAUAUCUAGUAAUAAUUAAGAUACUAAAGCUAUAAGUGGGGUCUUUAAAAACAUUUAAAAACAUCACCUGAUAUUUUGGGAUUUUUUUUUUUUUUUAAUUUUAAUUAUUUUUUUUUUUGUAUGUGGACUCUUUGUUCAGUGAAAUGAAUGUAGUCUCCUUCCUUUUCCUUAAAGAAAACACUAUAUGGAGUGGAUGUUUUUUUGUUUUUUUCUUUCUGCUCAGUCAAAUGGAAAUUAAAUUUCUUUAUCACUGUACAUCUACAGAUUUUUCAUAUUUUACAAAUAUCUUAUGAGAUAAAAAGUAUAUUCCCAUGCGUAUUUGACCAUAUGCUUCAUCGAGCUUGCAUGUUACGGAUCUAGAGACAAUGUACUUGAGCAGAUAAUCUGAAUAUGGAACUGAAGAAAAUGUAGACUGAAUCUAUGCUAUAUGAUUCUGACCAGUGCUGCACUUACCCUCUUACAUACGUUUCAUUUAUCUUCAUUUGCUUUCGGUUUUUCCCCUGUCAUCAUUGGCUGUUUGUUACAUUUUGUGUUGAAGUUGGCAGUCUCUCUUUGCUUGAUUUACUUUAUUCUGUUCAGGCUACUAAAAGUCUAUUCAGAUUGUAUUCUAUGUUCCAUGAGGAAAAACAAGUGAUAGAUGUUCGUUCUGCUUAAGUGGGUAAAUGCUUUUUUUGUUUUUUUAUAAAUUAAUUUAAAACAUA